CACUAUCUGAACACAAGUCACAAAAACAUGACCAACGCCGGUGUUAUCUGUUUGAUUUUAUGUUAAUUCAAACACAAAAUAGUUCAUAUUCAGUGAAACAAAAGUCUAUGAACUACAUUUACGUUUCAUUUAAGUGCUAACACGAUGAAAACGCGAGCUAAAACACGUUUAGGUGCUAACACAGUGAAAGGGGAUGAUAAACCAGCGCCGAAGGCGAAGACUACAAAGCCGAAGGGGUCGCGGCUGCACCUUCUACUGCAACCUGAAGAGGAGCCUUUGAUAGUCUCUAAGGUAAUUAGACAGUAUACCAGAAAGAAAAAAGUGGAAUCUGCUGAUUCGGUAAAUAAACUUGCUGGUACAAACAGUAUAAAUGUUGCUGCCGCAUUAUCACAUCAAAAUAAUUCCAUAUUAUUAUUCAAUAAUCAUGUUAAAAUUAAACAAGAAAUCAUGGAGAGUUUUCAUGACAUUGAAAUCAUGGAUGUUGAUGUUGAAAUAGAAAAUCAUAUUAAAACAGAAAAAAAGUCUGAAUCACAGAAUAAAGUUGGAGCAGGGGAGAAUUAUGUUAUAAUUAAAGAAGAAAAUAUAGUUCCCAAUGCAAGUUAUAAUUCAGACCAAAAUUGUGAAUAUGGUAAAACAAAUAAUCACGUGGAAAUUAAAGAAAAUGUAGCUGGACACAAAGGCACUUUAACUGACAAUAAUUUACACCAAAUUAAUACAAACAAAAAAAGAGACACUGUUCAAAUUAAAGAAGAAAGUAUAGAUACUCUCUUAGAUGAAAGUGUCAUGAAUAAUGAUGCCUCCAUGAAUUCCAAUCUAAGUGAAAUCAUGCUAGAAACUCCAAAAAUCACUAUUAAAAUAGAACCAGAGGAUGAUUCACAAUAUAUGAACUCAGAACAGAAACAUAUAGACGGGUUUCCCAGAGAUUGUGCGCAAUCUGAAGAGGACAUAGCUGUGGAAGUAAAGCCAAAGGUUGAAAAAAUAAAUUGCAAUAAUGUAAAUGGCAAAAUGGACUCAAGGUAUAGUGAAAAUGAGGAUGUGGAGGGCCAGAACUAUGAAGAACUUGCUCCCAUCCUUAAACUGCAGCAGACAUUGAAUGUUGCGAAUGUUCAAGCUCCACAAAAAAAAAUACUGAUCACGGAAGAAAUUCAUAUUAAAGAAGAGGCAAUUAGUGACACUGAGGAUUGUGUUGAGGUAAAAGAUAAGACUUCAGUAACUACUAGCAGCAUUCAAGUAAAAGAUAAGACUCCAGUAACUACUAGCAGCAUUAAAGUAAAACAUAACACUCCAGUAACUACUAGCAGCAUUCAAGUAAAAGAUAAGACUCCAAAAACUGCUGGCAGCAAUGAAUUAAAAGAUAAGACUCCAGUAACUACUAGCAGCAUUAAUGUAAAACAUAAGGCUCCAGUAACUACUAGGAGCAUUGAAGUAAGACAUAACACUCCUAUAACUGCUAGCAGCAUUCAAGUAAAAGAUAAGACUCCUAUAACUGCUAGCAGCAUUGAAUUAAAAGAUAAGACUCCAAUAACUACUAGCAGCAUUGAAUUAAAAGAUAAGACUGCAGUAACUUCUAGCAGCAUUCAAGCAAAUGAUAAGACUUCAAUAAGUGCUAGCAGCAUUGAUUUAAAAGAUAAGACUCCAGUAACUACUAGCAGCAUUGAAGUAAAACAUAAGACUCCAGUAACUACUAGCAGCAUGGAAUUAAAAUAUAAGACUCCAGUAGCUACUAGCAGCAUUGAAGUAAAACAUAAGACUCCAGUAACUACUAGCAGCAUUGAAGUAAAAGAUAAGACUCCAGAAGCUACUAGCAGCAUUGAAGUAAAAGAUAAUUCUCCUGUGGUAAUAAAGAAAAACCCUCUACCGGAAAAUAUAAAAAUAAGAAGAAUUAUGAAUAUGCCUAAAAUUCUGAAAACAUAUGGGAGGAAACAACCAGAUCCAGUUGCAAUGAAGAAAUGUUUUCUUCUUGCUGUUAGCACUCCACCAGCAAAGAUCCUGAAAAUCGUCUCCCAGAAACUGCCGAAGAUCAAAUCCAAUCCAAAAUUUAUUUGUGACAUGUGCCGAAGUAACUUCAGGAGCAAGGUCAGCAUGAGCGCCCACAUGCGGUUCACGCACGGCGUGGUCAUGAAGCACUCGUGCGAGGUGUGCUCCGCUAGCUUCCCGCACCACUACCUCAUGCUCGCGCACUGGCGCGCGCACGCCGGCCCGCCUCUUGUGUGCGACCUGUGCCCCAAGUCCUUCCGGUCCAAAGACAAAUACGGAGAACAUUUGAAUACCCACCUCCGCGAGCGACUCUACCCUUGCCCCGUGUGUCUCCAACGAUACCCGGUGCUAUUGCAUUUACACAGGCACGCCGAAAAGCAUACGCAGGAAGAUACCCUCUCUUGCAAUAUUUGUAAGGAGAGCUACCGCUCUCUUAUUGAUUUGAGGCGGCAUUCUGAACGCGAUCAUGGGGAAAAAGAAGAAUUCCCAUGCUAUGUUUGCAGUCGGAUUCUUUCAUCUAGUGCUGACUUUCUUACUCAUGUGAGAACGCAUGAUAACGCGCUCCAUGCGUGCGCUUUCUGUCCCAGAAAAUUCACCGACGCGCAAAAAUGGGAGGAGCACUCCGCUGAACAUAUUGAGAAGAUAGGUAGAGGAGAGUCCGUCGAAAAACCCUAUAGCUGCGAAUACUGUAAAAAAUCCUUUGAAUACCAAAGCGUACUGAAAACACAUAUUAGAAUGCAUACUGGGGAACGACCAUAUGAGUGUCCGGAGUGUAAAAAAAAGUUGAAGACGCAAAGUGCAUUAACGGAGCAUGUUAACGGGCAUAAACGGCCUUAUCCAUGUCCAGAGUGUAAGCAACGGUUUGGUAAGCGGAACUCUCUGUCGAGGCACAUGUUGCUACACACCGGGGAGCGUCCGCACAGCUGUACGGGUUGCCCGAUGACUUUCGUGCAACGUUCGUCGAUGCUGCAGCACAUGCGGCGGUUUCACGAGCCCGGACUCAAGCGGGCACCGAAAAGUAAGAAAGGUGCGAAAAAAACGAAUAAAAAGAAUGAUUGCUGAAGAGUGAUAAUAUUUAUGAAGAAGAAA